UGAAAGUAUUAAGUACUAUAAUAUUGAGCUAACCUAGUUAAUUAGCUACUAUUUCUGAUAGUAAUCUUCUAAAGAUCAUACCAAUAUCUAGAAAAUACAGACUAACUCUCCUUGUUCUUCGCUCAUCAUCACGGUGCAGCCCAACACAUUGAUAGGAAGGCGAUGCAGUUUGUAAAUAUGGGCGAUAACCCGCAGAUCAGCUUGGCCGCCUUCUCCAAUCUUAAGCCGAUCCCCCUCUUUACUUUCAACUCCAACAACACACAUCAGACCAAAUGCCCGACCCAAGCACUCUCCCCCUCGAGCUCUUCACAGAGGUAACAACGCUCGCCCUACAACCUCCUAUCGACACAGCCAACCAAGCCGAAAACACAGAACGCGAAUACGACUUCCACGCAGGAAUAAACAUCCCCCACCUCGCCCAACUCACUCUGGUAAACCGACAAUGGCACAGUCUGCUUCUCCCAACGCUCUACGCCCGAUAUAUGCAUAAUGGCGCGAGGCAUUCAUACACCUCGCUCUGGCGAUUCGUGCGAACAGCCAUCUCGAACCCACAAAUCGCGCAGCUGGUGCGCGCCGUGAGUAUCGGCAAUUUCGGGUUCUAUCCGGGUGUUGCAGCCCACGAUGAACUUGUUCGUGGAGAUAAUGUUGAGUUUACGCAAAAGGAGGUUGAGCUGAUGAGCUGCGCAUUGAGGAGCGUCUUUACCAGCGGUGAUGUGCUAGAGGCGAAGGUGCUUGACCCCGGGCCUUUGGUGGAGAGAGAUAGUCGGCCGCUUGUGGUGUUGUUGUUGGUUUGCCUGUCGAAUCUUGAUACGGUUUAUCUGCAUCUGCCAGAGCACUUUUCCGUGUUGAGGAGUGUGUUCGAGGAGAUACUGCGGUGCCAGGAUGAGGAUGGCGAACUACCCUGUCUGCGAAACUUAACGAGUCUGUAUCUGCUCGGUGAGGCUCCGGUCUACGGGCCGGGUAGAGAUGUUUCUCUUGACUGGCCUGAGCCGGCGUUAAGAAUGCACGAUAUAUGGCCGUGUCUCUACUUUACCGGACUGCGCAAGCUAGCUCUGUAUGGCUUAGAAACACAGGGGAUUGCCUCGCUUCUGGCAAAGAGUAAUGGUCGGACCUGCCGGAUCAAGGAGUUGCGCGUCGUGGUAUUGGCCACGACGACUCGCUCUUCUACUGAUCUUCUAGCCCUUGUCAACCUGCCACAGUCCCUUGCUUCGUUCUCAUUAUACUGGGAUCACAACAUACGCAAUCCCAUUACACGGCAGAAAGAAGAAGAAGCUCCUGUGAUAUUAGUCACCGACAUCUGGGACGCGUUACAAAAGUAUAGAGAGAGUUUAGAGGAGCUAGCAAUCACCUACAAAGUCCACCAGGACGACGAACCGCCUCCAGGCCAUUUCGGCUCUCUCCGGGAAUUCCCACGCCUGAAGCGACUCGACACCCAACUAAGCAUCCUCCUGGACGGCAUGACGCCAGAGCGCUUUGCGCCAUUCCGGUUGAAAGACACUAUCCCCGAGAAUCUAGACACCCUGGUCAUACAUCCCGGCUGGGUCGAUGAAGUGGAUAUGUACUUCCCGAACACCGAGUUCCAGGCCGUGGUCGCCGAGCGAAGGCGGCCUCUGAAGCGCCUUGUGAUAGAUGACUACCUAGCCGUGCCGUUCUAUAACAAGGCCAAGACAAUAGACGCAGGUAGGGUCUAUGUAGGAAUGGAGCCAAAUGGCCCAGAGUCAUAUCCAGGGCUCUGGGAACUGUGUAAAAAGGCUGGCACCCAGCUGGAUGUCGAAGUUGGCUGUGUCAAUAUUUGUAUCGAGGACUUUUGUGAAUUCCACCAGGGAGGCGCCUGUCUCUGGCUCUGGCGCAAGACCUGGAAUAUCUGCCGCGAUGGAUUCCAUCGGAAUAAAGAGGGUGUUGAACGGCUGCGGGAGAAAGAAGAGGACAUGCUGAGUAUAUCUUCAUAAAUAAUACAUCCAGUGGCAAGCGAGCCCGCGCCGAAUUUAUAACGGAUUGAUCUCCGAGGCAUCGUAGGAAAUAGUGGGGUAGUUUAUAAUGGUAGCCCUGGGUCUGGAUUCAGUCUCGUUCCGGGUCAUUGGUUACCUACUGAUCAGAUAAGAUACCUAGGCUCCAUUUCAGCUCUCGACGCUCAUUCUGAGCUCAGUCCCCCAGACGUGACAGUGCUUCUCCAAAAUGCCAACCCGGAAACGACCCACUGGGCUUAGAUUUGGGGAAAUCUUGGAAAGCCGGCGAUCAGCGAAGUGCCCACCUGCAGUAAGUAGUGCGGUGGAAACUAACUCCACUGAGGCAAUGACUCAUACAGUCCGCACUCCUUGAACGAUGACAGGAGAUCGUAUGGAAGGAAUGAUCCAUAUCAAGUUCAUGGGAGCAAGGGAAUUGAAA